AUGGCGGCGAACAUACCUAAAGUCUUUUCGGGUAAAUGGGAUUGGAACAUGAUUAGCGCCAUUACCACUAUUAUUUCGUCUGUACAUUCUAUGUUCAAAGGCAGUCCCGAGCUGGGGAAAGAAAUGUUGGAUGCAGUUAACAACAACCACACCGAUGUGAAAUCUAUUGUUGACAAUCUCAUUCGCACCGCCAAAUCUCAAGCUCAGUCUGGUCAGAUAUCAAAAGGGCAACUGAAACAGAUCCUGAAAGCCCUACGAGGUUUGGAGAGCCAUGUAGAAGGCACGAACAAGGCAUUACUGGACAUCGCGGAGGGAAUCAAAUCUUUCAGCAAGCCAUCCGUCAUGAGCCAUAUUUCCAAUAUCGGGGGUAUCUUGACGGGAGCGGCCGCCAUUGCCGAGAUCAAGCGGCUAGCAGACAGCGCAGAGAGGAUCGACAGAUCGCUCAACGGUAUCGACCAGAACCUAUAUUCGAUGAACUCGAGAGGCGACUACUUCCCCCAGCAUGUACACUCGUACAUCCGGCUUAUGAUCGAACGGCAUAGUCAAGAUGUGGUGCCCCAUUACUUCUUCGUCUUCCACCAUGGGCAUGAGUGGCAUCCCAAGUUCGAAGACCUCCAGCGCCAGGACCCGCUCGGCCCUCAAUUCAUAGGAUAUAAGGAUGACCUGGACGAGCUGUGCGCCUUUCUCGUCAAUGAAGUCCGUCCCCGGGUUGGCGAAGAGCCCGUCUUACACAUAUUGAUACCAACCGUCAAGCCACUCGUCAUCACCGAAUCCCUCACCUUUCCCGACGCGAUGCGACCCUUCUGUGUCGAGGGCCAAAGGGGCGAUGGGGAGUUCCGUACGUGUUCAUGUGUACGCCUCUACAGAAAGACCGACGGAAUCUAA